GGAGAUGAGGACGAUGAUGGAUUGAUGGCUUUGAGUGGAGGCAGCAGGCCUUGUUGCAUGGAAUGACAGGGCAACACAUGCUUUUAAUGGCCCAGGGGGGCUUGAUGUUGGGUUUGUAGCUGCCAUGUCGUUUUUAAUUUUAGAUAUGCAAAGUCCACAAAGGUAUAGCUCCCAGUUGCAUUUAGCUACCUUUGCUUCACACAGAUUAGUCUUCAGGUGUACAGGGUGUGAAGGAGGGAGAUUGAGAGAUGGCAACAGCUUUUGGUUAUCUGGAAGUGAUGGAUCAUGGAUAUCUAUCUAGUAAGCGAUGGAAAUUAAUUGAAGACCCCAUCCAGACCAUGCUUUCAGAUGGACUACUAAUUAACAAUGAUGAUGCUGAAUAGCAAGGUCGACAGCAGCAUUAGCUAGCAGAAGCUGGUAGGUAGUACAAUCCAAAGCAAAGCAGGAGGAUCGAUCAUAAGAGAAAGUUUAGCAUGCAUGCAUGGAUGGAAUUAUCAUUCAUGAUGCACUGCCUUCUUGGGAAUAUUAUCAUUAUAUAUCCUGGUCCAUCCAGCUAAUAAUUUGCUAUGCCGAUGGCAUCGAUUUCACCUACCAAUCUAUUUAUUCCAACCUGUGUUUCACCGAUCGAGCUGUGUUUAUCAUUCCAUGACACUGGUCAGUUUUAAUUAGAGACUAAUUAAACUGUUGACAUGCCUUUUUCUUUUGGUACACAAUAAUACUGUGGCUUCAAUUGAGGCAUGUCUGUCUGUGUGUUCCAAAAUGGAUUUAGACAGACAUCUGUGAGUAAUGUGUGAAAUCAAAAUUUGAAUCACUGAAUGGAAACAAAGAAAGAAAUGUAUUUUCCUACAGUAUAGUUCUAGGGCUGUGCAACAUGACUAACAAGAGUCCAAGAUGGGGGAAAGUGUAAAGCAAAAGAGAGAUGGAGAGGGAGACAAGGGCAAGAAAAAGGAAAAGAAAAGGGUAAAGAGGUCACCAUCUCCCUGAUGAGGUCUGUCUCUUUUGCCACUGCUCUGCUCAGCAGAUCAGUCUUCUUCAGCUCAGCUCAGCUCAAAACACAGCACGACACACGCAACACAGCACAACAGGAGCAGAAGUAGGUUCUUCUCAAAAGGGAAUAGAGAUACAACAACGCAAGACAAGAGAGAGUCUUCCAUUCCAUAUUUCCAUCUCAUCUCUCUCCCCCAGAUCACACACGAGUUGAGGACUCUGAAAUUCAGUUCAGUAAAUGGAGCUGCCCUUGAUUGGUAACAAACAGAGUGAGGAAGUGAUUUGAGUGAGUGAGAGGGGAUGGAUCAGCCACCGCCGGUGCCCUCCAUCUGCGGCCUCCACCCGGGCAUCGCCGUCACCGGCUUCUGCUCCGCCUGCCUCCGGGAGCGGCUCGCCGGGCUCCACCCCGCCGACCCGGCGGAGCUCCGCCGCUGCAAGUCCUUCUCCUACGCCCGCUCCGCCGCCGCCUACUUCGAGCCGCAGCGCCGUUCCUGCGACGCCCGCGGCGCUGCCAUCUUCCACCACCAAGAUCUUCCGCCGGGUCAUGGGGAGGACGAGUUAGAAGAUGUUCCGCCGACAUCGACGGUGAGGCCGAUGAAAGAUCACAUCAGCCAAGAUUCCUCCAAGAAGACGACAUUCGGUGGGGGAUUGGGGAAGAAAUGGCAGGAAUGGCGCCGCAAGAGCAAGCUCAAGAAGCAGGGCCCCGCCGCCCCCGCAGUCGCCACCGCCGCAGCCAGCAGGGCCGCCAUUGACGCGCACCGUAGCUUCCGCGACACGCACUCCGAGGUCGCCAUCGGUCGGCGGUCCGUGGAUGUGGACAGCAGCCGCCUCUGGAUGGACGCCGGCCGCAUCUCGGUGGAUGAACCCCCGAGAGCUUCAUGGCAGCGCCUGCCUCCCACGGUGGAGGAUGCGCCCAUCCCACGCUCUGAUGGCCAAAUCCCAGUGGAGGAGGAAGACGAUGAUGCUGAGCCUGGCGGCUGUGCUCAGACGAGGGACUACUACUUGGACUCCUCAAGCUCCAGCAGGAGGCGCCGGAGCGUGGACCGUUCCUCCUUCUCCAGCCGCAAGUCAUUCUCUGAUACCAAUGACCUGCCCAGGGUGAUAGCUGCUGCCAAUGCCAAUGCCCGGGUUUCGCCAGCCAUUGGCGCAGAAUUCUACCAUUACCAUCAUCAUGCUCAGGGUCAGAGUGUUCUUGACCAUAACCAGCACUGGGAGCUGCAUGGACCGAAUUCGUAUUCUCUGCGGGAUGAUGAUAUGUCCGGGAGCUUUAAUUCGGCCGCAUUCCAAGAAGGCGUGCCUGUGCCUUUGCCGGCAAAGAAGUCCAACAAGUGGAUCAAGAACAUAUGGGGUCUCAUACAUAAGAAGAGCAGCACCAAGGAGUCUCAAGCUGCCAGUAUCGCCAACAGGUCAUUCUCUGAGACAUGGCCCGAGCUCCGUGCAAGGGGUUACAAUGGGCAGAUGCUCAGGUGCAACAGCAGCGUCAGCGCCAGAAGUUCUUUCAGUAACAGCGGAGCAGCAGUUGGCGCCGUGAACGGGAGGAGGAGGAGCAAUGCAGAAAUGCAUGUAAAUGGCUUAGGGAGGGCAAGGAAGGAUGAGGUUUUACUUGAGAGGAAUUUCAGUGCAAGGUACUCAACUUGCCCGGUUGAUAAUGGCGUGUUUCUUAAUCCAGUGGGAGGUAGUAGACGACAUCAGAAUGGAAUGUCCGGGAAGGGAAGGCCUGCUCGUUCAUCCAAUUCUUUGCCUCGGAGCGCACUUGGGAUGUACUGAUCUAGAAGUGAUAAAGGCAGGGGUUUAUGUUCUUUUUAAUCACCUUCUUAUGUGCCUUGGCUACAGACAUUGUGCAUAGCUUAUUGUUAGCUUAUAUGGAUGGUAGAAUCAUACUUUUGUUAGGCUCGGAAGAAAGGUCGUAAGCUGAGGGUGACUGCUGGAUUAUACCUUAUUUAGUCUUAUUUCCUUUUGGGCCUGGGGGAGUGGAGUAUAGCGUUUAACUUUACACCCUUUAAUCUUGUACAAGAUAUGCCAUAUCUAUGUUUGCUUUUGUCAUCUGAAUUCUAAGUUAGCACAUGCAUGGUUCUGGCAACAGUAGUCUUGUAACAAAA